CAAUCCAACAGAGACCCCCCACCCGCGUCUCUCUCUCUCUCCCCUUUAAAUAUCAACUGAAACUUCCAACUCAAAGAAGUAACCCAAAUCAAUCCACCAACCAACAAAAAUCUUCAUCAAUAUUCUCAACCCAUGGCCUCUUCUAAGCCUUCUCUUUCUCUCUUUCUCCAUUCCCUUACAAUUCCCCUUCUCUUCAUUCUCCUUCAAACCCAAACACCCACUUGUUAUGUCUCUUCAUCGAAAACACAAAACCCCAUAAUAUUGCCCCUAAAAGCACAAACACUAACACCAUCACAUAAGCUUCCUUUCCAGCACAACGUAACAUUAACAGUCUCACUAACCGUAGGCUCGCCCCCACAGAACGUUACCAUGGUCCUCGACACAGGGAGUGAACUCUCAUGGCUACACUGCAAAAAACUCCCAAAACUAAACUCAACCUUCAACCCACUCCUCUCUUCCUCCUACACCCCAACCCCAUGCACCUCUCCAACGUGCACGACCCGAACCCGUGACUUAUCCUUACCCGUUUCCUGCGACCCGAAUAAACGCUGCCAUGUCACCGUCUCCUACGCCGACGCAUCGUCCAUCGAGGGCAACCUCGCCACCGAAACGUUCUUCAUCGGAAGCUACGCUCAACCGGGAACAACAUUCGGGUGCAUGGACUCCGGGUACAGUUCUAACACCGAAGAAGAUUCUAGAACAACAGGGUUAAUGGGCAUGAAUCGCGGCUCACUGUCGUUCGUGACCCAAAUGGCGGUUCCGAAAUUCUCGUACUGCAUUUCCGGUAACGACGCCUCCGGCGUGUUGCUCCUCGGCGGCGCCACCUUGCCGUGGCUGGGCCCACUCCAGUACACUCCUUUGGUGAAAACGAGAACCUCGUUGCCGUACUUCGACCGUGUCGCGUACACGGUCCAGCUCGUGGGGAUUAAGGUUUCAGAGAAACUUCUGCAGUUACCGAAGUGGGUAUUUGAACCCGACCAUACCGGGGCGGGUCAAACCAUGGUGGAUUCCGGUACCCAGUUCACAUUUCUUCUCGGGUCGGCUUACACGGCUUUGAAGAAUGAGUUUGUGGAACAGACGAAGGGCGUGUUGACUCGGAUUGAUGACACGAACUUUGUGUUUGAGGGGGCGAUGGACUUGUGUUUUAAGGCUCCGGCGAGUGUGGGGGCGGUGCCGGCGGUAACGCUGGUGUUUUCGGGGGCGGAGAUGAGGGUGUCGGGGGAGAGGUUGUUGUAUGGUGUUCGGAAGGGGAAUGAUUGGGUGCAUUGCUUCACUUUUGGGAACUCUGAUAUGUUAGGGAUUGAAGCAUAUGUGAUUGGUCAUCAUCAUCAGCAGAAUGUGUGGAUGGAGUUUGAUCUGGAGAAGUCUAGGGUUGGAUUCACUGAUACUAGGUGUGAACUCGCCACUCAACGGCUAGGAUUUGCUCCUUAGGUUUUGGAUAUCGUUUUGUAGCCGUCGAUCUUAUUGAAGACUAGGGAGUUUUUCUUAGUGUGAGAAUUUUUUUUUAUUAUAUUAUACUAUACAUAGUAUUUGAUCAAGCAUUUCUUAUCCUGCCAUUGGGUCGGGACCCGGCUUAUUUAUUGAAUAAAACCUUCUUUAAA